GCCGGCCCCAAGGCUCCAAAGACCGGGCGUCCUUCUCCCUGGCCACCCAGCCGCGUGCCCGCGCCACCGCCUCCAGGCUUUGCAACAUGCUCCAGCAACGCCCCGCGCACUGAGAGCCGCCGAUCGUGGGGCGAAAAAGGAGCGGGGGACCCGGGACGUGGAGGAGGGGACCCACCGCCUUGGAGUCGACUUUUCGCCGAUGGUCCAAAGCGACUCGUCCAAGUCGCCUCCCAUAGCGGCGGUGGCGCAGGAGAGCCAGAUGGAGCUGCUGGAGAGCGCGACUCCCGCGGGGGCGCUCGGAGCACAGUCGUAUGGAAAAGGAGCCAGGAGGAAAAACAGGUUUAAAGGCUCGGAUGGAAGCACGUCGUCAGAUACUACCUCAAACAGCUUUGUCCGGCAGGGUUCGGCAGACUCCUACACCAGCCGCCCAUCAGACUCAGAUGUGUCUUUGGAAGAGGACCGGGAGGCAGUACGCAGAGAAGCUGAGCGCCAGGCCCAGGCCCAGUUGGAAAAGGCAAAGACAAAACCUGUUGCAUUUGCAGUUCGGACCAAUGUCAGGUACAGCGCAGCCCAGGAGGAUGACGUUCCAGUGCCAGGCAUGGCCAUCUCAUUCGAGGCAAAAGAUUUUCUGCAUGUUAAGGAAAAAUUUAAUAAUGACUGGUGGAUAGGACGAUUGGUUAAAGAAGGCUGUGAAAUCGGAUUUAUUCCCAGCCCGGUCAAACUAGAAAACAUGAGGCUACAGCAUGAGCAGAGAGCCAAGCAAGGGAAAUUCUACUCCAGUAAAUCAGGAGGAAAUUCAUCAUCCAGUUUGGGUGACAUAGUUCCUAGUUCCAGAAAAUCUACUCCUCCAUCAUCUGCUGUAGACAUAGAUGCUACUGGCUUAGAUGCAGAAGAGAAUGAUGUUCCAGCAAACCACCGCUCCCCUAAGCCCAGUGCAAACAGUGUAACGUCACCCCACUCCAAAGAGAAAAGAAUGCCCUUCUUUAAGAAGACAGAGCACACUCCUCCUUAUGAUGUGGUACCUUCCAUGCGUCCGGUGGUCCUGGUGGGCCCUUCUUUGAAGGGGUAUGAGGUCACAGAUAUGAUGCAAAAAGCACUGUUUGAUUUUUUAAAACACAGAUUUGAAGGGCGGAUAUCCAUCACAAGAGUCACUGCUGACAUCUCCCUCGCCAAACGCUCAGUAUUAAACAAUCCCAGUAAGCAUGCAAUAAUAGAAAGAUCCAACACAAGGUCAAGCUUAGCGGAAGUUCAGAGUGAAAUUGAAAGGAUUUUUGAACUUGCGAGAACACUGCAAUUGGUGGUCCUUGAUGCAGAUACAAUUAAUCACCCAGCUCAACUCAGUAAGACCUCUUUGGCCCCUAUCAUAGUGUACGUAAAGAUUUCUUCACCCAAGGUUUUACAAAGGCUAAUAAAAUCUCGAGGGAAAUCUCAAGCAAAACACCUCAAUGUCCAGAUGGUAGCAGCUGACAAGCUGGCCCAGUGUCCUCCGCAGGAGUCAUUUGAUGUGAUCUUGGAUGAGAACCAGCUUGAGGAUGCUUGUGAGCAUCUUGCAGACUACCUGGAGGCAUACUGGAAGGCCACCCACCCACCCAGCAGUAACCUCCCCAACCCUCUCCUUAGCCGGACUUUAGCCACCUCAACGUUACCUCUGAGCCCCACCCUAGCCUCUAAUUCACAGGGUUCUCAAGGUGAUCAGAGGACUGAUCGCUCUGCUCCCCGGUCCACUUCUCAAGCUGAAGAAGAACCUUGUCUGGAACCAGUCAAGAAAUCCCAACAUCGUUCUUCCUCGGCCACACACCAAAACCACCGCAGUGGGACAGGUCGAGGCCUCUCUAGGCAAGAGACGUUUGACUCUGAAACCCAGGAGAGCCGAGACUCUGCCUAUGUGGAGCCAAAGGAAGAUUACUCACAUGACCACGUAGACCACUAUGCCCCACACCGAGAACAUAACCACAGAGAUGAGACCCACAGACACCGAGAAUCUCGCCACCGCUCUAGGGACGUGGGCCGAGAGCAGGACCACAACGAGUGCAACCGACAGCGGAGCCGGCAUAAAUCUAAGGACCGCUACUGUGGCAGGGAGGGGGAGGCCACACCUAAGAGGAGGGGCGAGGCUGGCGAGGGGAACAGGGAGGUCUAUAUUCGCCAGUGA